GCACUGUGGGCCGUGUCAUCGGCCAUGCGGUUCUACACGGCGGUUCCAGCCAUGAAGUGGCGUGUUCUGCGCAACGGCCAGAGGGUCGACUCCGCCUUCAGCUGGAAAAUCGAUGCCAGGAAAUCGUGGAGGGCCCUGGUCCAGCAUGUGAAGGACGGCAAGUGA